AGUCUUCCAGUAUCUCGCUUUCCUGUCAAACCUCGAAGAUAAAUGACAAAUAAGUAGAUAAGAGAGUGUGAAAAUCGAAACUCCUCAUUCACUCCAAACAUGGAGUUUGUCAUUGGAGGCUUAGCAGCUGCAAGCGCAGGUAUUUUGACCAACCCUUUGGAGGUGAUGAAGCAUCACAUGGAGUUGGAUAAGAAGAGUCCCGUCAACAGCAAAUAUAGGAAUUUUGUACAUGCUGGUUAUGUUGUGACCAAGAAGAAUGGCGUCAAAUCUUUACAGAAGGGUCUAUCACCUGCUGUGCUUGCUCAUCUGACUAGCUAUGGGAUGAAGCUUGGCACCUAUCAGUUUUCCCAAAAACAAGGUAUCACAACGAAAUCUUCUGGUGAAGUGAACAUACCCAUGAGCAUGGCUUCUAGUACUGUUGGAGGCUUGAUGGGUCAAUAUAUGUCCUCUCCUUUCUACCUUGUGAAGGCUCAUAAAGAACUGGAAAAGCAAGAUAAAAAAUCCGACAAAAAUUCCUACUCCCAAAUAGCUGCAAGAAUUUACAGAGACCAUGGUCUACGCGGUUUGUUCAAAGGAGCUACAGCAUCUUUACCUAGAGCUUUCAUUGGGACAUCUCAGUUGACUUCUUUUGCUAUAGCAAGGGAAAAUUUCAACAAAUUCGAUGCCCUCAAAGAAGCACCUCUUGCUACGACUUUGCUUGCCAGCUCUAUAGCUGGCAUAGUUUUAAGUCUUGCUAUGACUCCGUUUGAUGCUGUUCUCACCAAGCUCUACAAACAAGCUAUCAAUCCAAAACCAAGUGCAGUGGCGUACAAUGGCUUUUUGGACUGCUUGAGAAAGACUUACAGCAGAGAAGGUCUACGACCGUUUUACAGAGGUUGGGGUCCACUUUAUAUGAAACUAGGACCUCACACAAUACUGUGUCUGCUGUUUUGGGAACAACUCAAGGAUAUCUACGAUAAGAGCGAGAGCACACAUGAUAAAUAUAGUCCGAAUUUGAAUUUUUAUAAUGAGAACUUGGUAGAAAAAGUUGUGCAUGAAAAUUCUUGUGAGCUUUAUUGGUGAAAUGCUCAUUUAUAAAGAUGAUGAUUUUAUAGUAUUAGUUCUCAUCAAAGCAUAUAGCAAUGUGAUAUAUUAGAUUUGAUACUUUAUAUUUAUUAAUGAUUUUCAUGUAUUUUGAAAAUCUAUUUAUGUAUACAGAUGUAAACAAUAAAAAUAUUUUUCGAA